AUGGCGGAUGACAGGGAAGAGGGUAUGGACGGUAUUCGCGAGACAGAUUUAAACGACGAUGUGAUUUCCGGUGCCAUUGGAACUAAUGCAAUAACGAGUAUCGAUUUGGAAGAAGAAGACCCACGGCGUUUCCCUGGCAUGGAUGAAAUGUUGAAAGUUGCGACUGAUCUGCAAGAUAGUGGACAUUCGGUACAACUCAACGAUUCACCGGCCGCAACGCCCAGAUUAGAAUUAGAAAAUUCUGGUGAGGAACACAUAACUUACCUAACUGCUGAGGCCUUAUUAUUAUUGGUUUUUUUGUAUCGCAUCAUCGAUUUGAAAGUUUCCCUGUUCUUUCACAAAAAAUUUGACACAUCACUCACACGUUUGGCCAAGCGAGUACUUUCCAGUAGGCAAAAAUUUGUUGUAAAGGGGAAAAUAGAAUUGAAGUUCUUAGCUAGAUGAAUCAAAGCUUAUUUGAGCCCCUUUGCUUACAUCCAAUUCCUAGCGUUAUAGGGAAGUAAAACGUCCUUAUACUGUACAACAGUACUGCUCGAAGUUUUACUAGUAAGUCCAACACAGUAAUUGAUGCUUUCUACGGUUUCAACAGUUUUCUUAAGGAAAAUGAGUGAACCUGCGAGAAAUGCUCCACAGUCUCUGAGAUAUAGUCUAUUUAUGAUGAUAAAUGACACAGGAAACAUUUAAAGAAUUUUUCUGAACUUUAUGUAUCGGUCAAAUGGAAGCUUCAAUCCCCCCUCCCCUCAAGGUUAUGUUAUACGGAAUGAUUCGCAACGACUAUUUUUAGCGCAACACAUAUUUACAACAUUGUUGCGACGUUGUUUCGAACAGUUGCAACAUUGUUCCAACAUUGCAAUGUAGUGUUGUGCAAAAAAUUGUUGUUGCAAAUCUUCCUGUCUAACAUCACCUUUGAUGAACAUAGGCUUCUGCGGGGUGGGAACUUGAAGGCUAGCCUUACUUCAUAUGACUUGUUGCAGCAUUCUGUUUUAAUUGCAUGGGGAUGCACUUUGAAUUCCAGUCCAUGCUGAUAACUCAUAAUGACAGAUUAUAUCCACUAUUGUAGUAACUUCUAUAAUGUACUGUUUAGAGCAGGCAUAGCUUCCUUUUUUAGUAGCCUGAGAAAACAGCUAACAUUUUGCAUUAUGCUACCACUGGUUUCCCCAUAAAAUAACAUCUGAGAAAUGAGCACAAAAUUCAAUACUGUUGAUGUGACACUACCCAGUUUUUGGUAGUGAUUCUUAUUGGUCGGAAAUGGAGUUUUUGUGCUCAUUCCUCAGCGGUCAUUUCACUGGAAAAUCAGUGGUGGCAUCACAAAAUGUUGGCUGUUUUUUCAGGGUACAGUGGAACCUCGAUUUACAAACCUAUAUGUAAUGAAGUCCUCAGUAUAAUGAACGAUAUUUCCUGCCCUACUAAUAGUAGAAUAUGUGGAAAGAAACCUCGAUAUAAUGAAACCAACUUAUAGCAAACAUAUUUUGUUGGUCCCUUGGCGCUGUGUUAUAUCAAGGUUCCACUUUGCACUGUAGCUUUAGCUUACAAUAUUCAUUUGUUUUUUUUUUUCAGAAAAGUUGUUUUCAGAAAUUAUUUGACAUUAGAUUCUCAUUCAAACGCUGUAAUUUUGCAUGUGGUUGCCUACUUGUCAACAUGGCUUCCAAAACUGUGAUAAGGCCUAUUUGCUGUGAAAUUUUAACAGAUAUCCAUCCGUGAGAGGCCCUAUAAGUGUUGGUAAACUGGUGAUGGUAACUGGCAUGUAUUGAAAGUUCUAAUUAAACUGACCUCUUUUAAGAGCAAACCCUUUAUUGAGUGGACAAGAGCAUUAGUCAGAUUUACCCUUUUCUUCCCAUAUUUUUUUUCAUAAAACAGGCCUGUGUUUUGUUUACUCCUCUAUAAACAAAGUAUUUUUCCAUGGGUGCAUGUUAAACAGAGGUUUCACUCUUCUAUUAGUUUACUUGAGUAAUAAAUCCAUGGAGGAUAUUCUUUCAGCUUGUGAUCCUCUCCCUGAUAUAUUACAGUAAAACCUCUAUGAAGCGGACACCCUCGGGACCUUCCCAAAUUUCCGCUUAAUGGAGGUUUGUAAAAAUUGCACAGUGUUUGUUAACAGUUAACAUUCAACGGUUACUUUGUACUGUGAUAAAGUUCCAUGUUGUUAAGGGUGGAUUUGAUUGUGAAUAGCUGUGCUGUGCUUUGUGCAAGACUUUUCACGGAACUUUGCUUGCGGAUGACAAUCAUAUGGCCAGAUAUUGGUCUAAGUUACAUUUGAUUGACAGCUAAAUGUACUGAUUUAUAAAGUAAACCAAUAGUCCAGUUCAGGCUAUUGUAUUUGUAAAAUAACUUUGAGUAAAAAGAGGAGUAAGGUUUUCUUUGAGUUUACUGUUGUAUUAUAAACUGAGAUAAUAUUUUCAUGUUUUUUUACACCAGGGCCAUCCUCAGUUUCUUGGCAGCCUCCUGAUGGGACAUAUCAAAAUGGCCAUCCAUCUGCCCCAGCUGUUCUUCGUCCUGGCACUGUUCAGAAAAUAGAUCACCUUAAGAAAUGGAGUAUUUCAACUUACAAAUACACUAGGCAGUAUCUUUCAGAAAGGUUUGGGAAAGGAACAAGAACUGUAGACACUGAGCUUGAAGGACAAAUUCUUUUGCUAAAAGAAACACAGGUCAAGUAUGCUAGCAUCCUGAAGCUUGCAAAACAGAUGACGCAACAUUUUCAACACAUGGUUCAAAGUCAACGUGGUCUUGCUGAUGCUUUUGCUGAUUUAGGCAUGAAAUCACCAGAGCUACAGGAUGAGUUUAACUACAAUGCAGAGACUCAAAGAUCUCUUGUCAAGAAUGGUGAAGUUCUUUUAGGUGCUCUAAAUUUCUUCACGUCCAACUUGACCACGCUUGUACACAAGACCAUGGAGGACUCCAUCAUGACUGUGAAAGCUUAUGAGUCUGCCAGAAUAGAAUAUGAUGCCUAUAGAACAGACUUCGAGACUACCCAAGCAGGACCAAGAACAGCAGCAACUGCUGUAAAAGCUGAAGAGGCCAAACAACAGUAUGAUGUGCAAAAAGAAAAAUUUGACAGGCUCCGUGGGGACUUGGCUAUCAAGCUCAGAUUUUUAGAGGAAAACAAGGUAGAGAACCUCAUUUUCUUGAAUGAGUCCCUAUUACUGUUGAGUGUGAUAGAUGGAAAGUGGACUGUUUUUUAUUGUUCUUACAGACACCAAAGAACAGAAUAAAUAGACUUCAAAUAAUGAGUUUCAUUUUUAUGUGAAUUAAAAGACGUUUAAUUUCACAACUGCCAAGUUGUUAAUAGAGGCUAUAUUUCUGUUAAUAAACAGUCCUGCAAUGAAUUGACUUUUACUGUACAGGUUGCUUUUCUCUGUAUAAUUUUUUUGCAUUUUCUGUAAGUGCUCAGAAUUCUUCUGUGUGGAAAUGUGCUUCACAGGUUAUAAAAUUGUAUGAGGUAUGGUAUUUAAAGCAUUACUUUUCGUGCCUGCAAAGCUUAACUUAACUGAUCGCAUUCUUUUUUCUCUGUUCGACUUAAAUAGGUGAAGGUGAUGCACAAGCAGUUAUUGCUCUUCCAAAAUGCUAUAAGUGCUUAUUUUGCUGGGAAUAAGCAGGCCCUGGAGAACUGUAUGAAGGAGUUUCACAUCAAAAUCAAGAGCAAUGAAGGCAAACAGCAAUCAUUUCUGGAACACUAAAAGACAGUUACUGACGCAUCAUGUUUGUAGGUUAUAGAAAAUUUGAACAAGCAAGGACAAAAAUAGAACUGCUUGUGUGAUUUACAUCACAGUAAGCUUUCUGUUGCUAGUAAGAUGAUUUUAUUGCCUUUGAGCAUUAACUUAUUAAUGUGAAAGCUACUUAAAACCAAAGAAAAGGAGCAGAUACAUAUGGAGAAAAUAAUGUGGUUUUUAGACUUUGGCUUGUUAUCUAAAAUUUAAGUUAUGAGAAGUUUUUCAUGAUCAGUGGCUCUGUGUAUCUUUAUCUGUAUGCAAAAAACAUCAGUAACAUUUUUUUUUUACGCGGCAUGUAGUUUCAAAAUAAUAUUAGCCUUCUUAUUCCUAGAUCAUGUUAUGACAAGAUUAUUAUUUUGUUACUCUAAUUUUGAGAUCUGAGGACAAAAUCCUACUGAAAUUAAAUUUCUCACAAAACCAAUUUCAUAUAUUAAAGGUACAAUGUAUUCAGUGGUUUGGUAGAUGAGUGUGGAUACAUGUAGACAGUAAAUAGGAGGUUUAAACCAGAUUAAUGUAUCAAUCUAUUGUUCAAUUUCCCUUAUCUUUUUUGUGUUCUUUUCCUGUAUAUUGUAAAAUGAUGACACAACUGAAAAUAAAAUUUACACCGCUACAGUCAAGUAGUAUUAUAGGUAGUGAAAUUUUCUUACAACCUUGAAGGAAAACAAGUCAGGGAUAGGGAACAAAUAGAGAACAAUACAAAUGUAGUUUAGCAAGUGAAGCUAAUGUAUGUAACUUUUGAUUGUUUUAAGUUGAAGAGAAUAAAACAGGACAAACUAUUCAGGACCAAAUAAAAUAGGACCAACGCCUUUACAUUUAGCUUUUCCUUUUUCUCUCUCUGAGAAAAUAUUCUCAAGGUCAUUUGAAAAUAUCUCAACUUACCUACAGUAUUCUUGUAAUGUGUUCCUUUUAAUUUAAUACUCUGUUCAGAAACAUACAUCAGGGAAUAAUAUUAUUAUGAUAAACAUACUUAGUAGUAGCUCAGUCAGAGUGAAUUCUGGUCUGUUUAGAGGUAAAAAGGAGAAAAAAGCAGAAGUCUAAAACAUUUGCACAGGUUAAGUAGUUACCAGGGCCCAGUUGUUCGAAGGCCGAUUAGCGCUUAACAUGGGGUUAAAUUUAACCCUGGUUUCUUUUUCUUGCGCUCAAAAGCAUUUUCUCAGAUAACUUUCUCUGUUAUUUUUAGAACUUUCCAUCAUCAACCUGUAGACAAAAAGAAUGAAAACUGAAAUGCUUUUUAAGCUUUCAAAUCUGAAUUCAAAUCUCGCACUAACCUUGGGUUAUCUUAACCCAGCUUUGAACAACUCAGCCUAGGCCAAUAAACUGUAAAUCUCUUAAUUAUAUCAAAAUGUGUAUUCAUGUCAUGCCAAAUCAAGGAAGUGUGAACACUUUGCUCAGUCUUGAAAGCUGAUAGGAGUAUCAGUAAGUUAUAAAGAAGUUUCUGUUAAAUAUGACAAAUUACAAAGCAGGAUCUUUCUUUGCUGAUAAAAAUGUUAGUUUGUCAAAAAGUAAUUUAGAGAACUUGAAGAACUGGUCUGAGGACCUCUUGUCAUUGUGAGAUUUGACAAUGACUUUCUAUAGCUGAAGUCAAGUGUAUUAGUUUACAAUAACUGGAAAUAUCCUACUGGUUCUGUUUUGUGAUGUUCUCUAUAGGGUCCCACUCUAACCCGGGGUUCCUCUCUCUUCUGAAGAAAAAGAAGGAUGCCUUUGCUUUUAGCCUGCGAACCUCUUCCCAGUUGUUGCUUCUCUCUACUUUUUAGCCGAGAGAAGUGACAACUUUGAAUAGUUUUGUGUUUUUCACAGGUGACUUUGCUGUUGUUGGAAGUAUGAAUAAUAAUGGUAAAUUCAAUAAACAUAUGGUGUC